GGCCGUUGAGCGAGUGUCUCAAGGCAUUUCUUCCCACACAGAUGGAGCUGGACAGCACGAGAGCUCAGGCCACACGCAGCGCUCUCGUGCUCGCCCACGGCAGCUUGGCACUGCGUGCCUCCAAGGAACAGCUGCUCGCCCACCUGGAGGGAGACAUCGUGGGCAACAUCCUGAUGCUCUACAGCUGCAGCUGCCGGGACCUGCAGAACAACCUCGCGCUGGUGCAGAGCAUCACCGACUUCAGCUCUGCCUUCCAAGCAGUUGUGGGUGAUUCUGCGUGCUUUAAUCCCUCCUUGAAGGGAAAGCUUCUGGAGAUCCUGAUGGUGAGUGCCUAGAGGCAGGGCUGCCUGCAGAGUUCUGGGCUGUGCCACGCGGCCCGCUUCCCUGGGGGCACACAGGUCUCCAUCAGCCACACGUCUCCAGCUGGUGGGGACUUUGGGUGCUGGAGGCAGCGGCUGGGCAGCGGGCUAGGUGCACCAGCUGUCGAGCUGCUGCAUCCUGCAGUGCUUCCAUGGGAAACAUGGGAGUGAUGGGGCUGAUGUGUGGCAGUUGUG